AUGAACAUGGGAGGUAGUAGCAGCACCGCUGCUAAGAAAGCUACCUGUAAAAUAUCGAUGCUGUGGAACUGGUAUACGAUUGACACCUGCUUUAUUGCAAGAUCCUGGAGAAAUGACACCAAAGGAAAAUUUGCUGGUUCCUGUAUCGGCUGUUUUGCACUCGUGGUGGUUGCUCAAUGGCUUACUCGUUUCUCAAGGCAGUUUGAUGUAGAGCUUUUACGAAGACAGAAGAUAAAGCAUUUGGCGGCUUACUCGCCGGAGGAGUACAUAGUCAAAUGCGGAGAUCAAGAUACGAAGUCUGAUAUGGAGGAGCUACAAGGCUUCCACAACGAACCAAGUUGGAAGACAACUUUGAUUUCCCUAAAAAAGAGUUUUAUCUACAGUUUCUACGUUUGGGGUCCAAGAAGAUUGAAUGAACCUGAAGAUGACUUACUAAAGAAGGUCUUGUCGUGCUGUUCUCUAGUAACACCAGUGGAUUUGUACCCAAGCCUUUUGGAUCACAUGGUAAGAGUAACCAUUUUUGUUUUACAAUGGGGGUUGUCUUACAUUAUUAUGCUGUUGUUCAUGUACUAUAACGGUUAUAUCAUUAUUAGUUGUUUGAUAGGUGCUAUCUUCGGUCGUUUUAUAUUUUGCUACGAGCCUUUGGGUUCAUUGGGGUCAAGUGGAUCUCAAGGCACAGUAAGCUACGAUAAAGAAAGUGAUGAUCGCAAAUGCUGCCUGUAA